CGCUCUGUCAGGGAAGGGCGAGGCCUACGCAGUCACAGAGCGGCGCCCAUGCGCAGCUGGCGGCCGUCGCCUCUGCAUCACCGUUGCCUAGCAACCUAGAUUGAGGCCUAGCUGGCUUCGUGGCGGGAAAAAGAUACUUAAUAAUAACCUUCUAAAAACAACUUUAACAAACAAUUAAUUGUUAUUUCUAUAAACUAGUAUCUUUUUUCUGUCAUAUUUUCCAACUUCCAGCCUUUUAAUACCAUUUUUAUGUAGAUUUAAGCGUUUUUUCCACUUUUUUGAAGCCAUAUUGAAUAUGCCUCCCUCCCUGGGGCUGCGGCAAAUAGACACGUGUCUCAAAUAAUGCACGUGUGAAUGCUCUUAUUUGGCUAAGGCUGAGGCAAAGAAAAACACCUCUGAAAUAAAACUUUUUGGCCUAAUCUUGGCAGCCAUUUUGAAAGUUGAGGCGAAUAUACCCUUGUCUGAAAGGGAACAUUCUGGCGCCUUUUUUAGCCGCCAUUUUGAAAGUUGAGGCGGAUAGGAAGGGAACAUUAUGGCGCUUUUUGGGCAGCCAUUUUGAAACCUGAGGCGAAUCAAAAGGGAACAUUCUGGCGCUUUUUGGCCACCAUUUUGAAAGCUGAGGCGAAUAGGAAGGGAACAUUCUGGCGCUUUUUUAGCUGCCAUUUUGAAACCUGAGGCAAAUAGAAAGGGAACAUCCUGGUGCUUUUUUUGGCAGCCAUUUUGAAAGCUGAGGCAAAUAGACCCUCGUCUGAAAAGGAAAUUUCUGACCUUUUUUUUUUGGCAGCCAUUUUGGGAGCUGACGCGAAUUCUUGGCAGCCAUUUUGAAAGCAAAUAGACACGUGUCUGAGAGGGAACAUUCUGGUGCAUUCUUGACCGCCAUUUUGGAAAUUGAAGCAAAUAGACCCUUGUCUGAAAGGGAACUUUUUGGCGCGUUCUUGGCUGCCAUUUUGAAAGCUGAGGCAAAUAGGAAGGGAACAUUCUGGCGCUUUUUUGGUCGCCAUUUUGAAACCUGAGGCAACUUGACCCUUGUCAUUUAAAAAGCUUGGGAUAUAUAUAUAUAUAUAUAUAUACAUAUAUAUAUUUGGAGGGGGUGGCGGUCAUUUUCCAAUAUGGCACUGCUGCCGCGCAUCUCAUCCAAGCUCCCGCCGGACAUCGACCCCACCAAGGCCCCCCUUGCCUACGGCCGCCGGGCGCUGCCCAAACUCAACGAAGAACUGCAAGACCCGGAAGUCUUGACCCGCCAAAGGGCCCUCAUGGCGCUCUGCGACCUGGUCCACGACCCAGAGCAUGCCUAUACUGCCAUCAGCCUUGGGUUCCUGGAGACGCUGAAAACGCUGGUUACGGAUGAAGACAGCACUGUGCGCCGCAAAGCGACCGAAGUCCUGUACAUAAUCGUGACGCAUAACGUCGGCAGGACCGGUUUCCUUGAACACAGCGUCAUCCCAGCGUUGGCGCAACUCCUGAACGACCCGGUUGACAUCGUGCGCUGGAACAUGCAUUACUCCUUGAAGCUCGUUUCUGAAAUGCCGCUCGGCGCCGUGGGGAUCGUGGACAGUGGUCUGGUCCCAUCGCUGGUGGUCAAGCUCCGGACGGAGCUGGAGGAGAUCCAGGAGCUGAUCCUUGAGACGCUCGCCGGCUGCCUCCGCGUCGAGGCCUUCGAAGCACUCGCCUCUGGCGCCGUCGCUGUCUUCAAGGAGAAGCUGGCGCACCCCUCCGUCGCCAUACGCAGCCGCGCCGCACAGGCACUGAUGGCCAUCAGUGUCCCUCGCGAAGGGAAGGACACCAUCUUGGAAGAGGACGUCUUCCCUGACCUGGUCCUGCUCCUCGAAGACGCCGACGCCGAGGUCCGCGCCAAUGCUGCCGGGACGCUCAUGUAUGCCGCCGUCACCACGCCGGGGAAGUACGCCGCCAUCCAUGCGGACGCCAUUGAUGCGCUGCUCCCGCUUUUGGACGACACCAAAAGCAAAGUGCGCCUCUACGCCAUCAAGGCGCUGACCAUGCUGUCCGAAGCUCCGGAAGGACGCCGCGCACUCCUUGGACGCGUCGGCCAUUUUAAAGAGAAGACUGCCGAUCCCAGCCCCGCCGUCCGGAGGGCCGCCGAGAUCGCCGUCGCGGUCAUCGAGUGGAAGCCGUAAAACGCUGCUGCUGCGUACGCUCUAGCGCCGGCUAAUAAACCGCAUCGUCUUUGUCGCCAUCUUGUAAUCGUGGCUUUCCGUUAUGGCACGGUUCAGAAACGUCUCAGUAUCGGCACUUCGGAAAUAUUGAUAUAUCAAUAUAUAUAUUGAUCAGUU